AUGUAUGGCAAACAUUUUGGUGCAAUCAGUUGUGAAUCGUGUAAAUCGUUUUUUCGUAGAAACGCGUUGAAAAAUUCAGAUCUAAUCAUAUGCUUCUUCGCCGGUAAUUGUGAUGUAAAUAUCAAAACAAGAAAGAGUUGCAAAAAGUGUCGUUUAAGCAAAUGUUUGGCCGCAGGAAUGAAAUCGAAACUCUUUCAAUGUUUCCAACCAAAGGGUACCACAAAACCAAUUGCCAAAAAUGUUAGACAAAGGACUGAUAGCCGACAAGUAAUCACCACAUAUGAUGACCACUCAAGCGCUUCAUAUAAUACUAGCAAUUCAUCCCACGAUUGUCUUAAUCACGAUAUCAUUGAUUAUAAUGUUUCGCAACAUGUGUUAGAAAAUAACAAUUUAGAUGACAGUAUAAUUAGCCCAAAUAAUACCCUGAUGUCUGUCGCGCCUAUUAUAAGACCAAUCAGUGAUUAUAACAAUAUUUUCAAUGAAUUAGAAGGCAAUCGAUUGACUGAAUUAUUGUCUGCGCUUAAGAUUAUUGAAUACCCGAUCAUUGCUGAGAAUAAAUCAUUAAUUAAUAGCAAUAUACUUAUAAAUGAAUGCAUGGAUGCGUUGAAUAUAAUGAAUAAAAUCAAUGAAAAUAUAUUUAAAGACACUGUAAAAUUAUGCAAAACUUUAAACGCCUUUCAAUAUGUGUGUCAAAGCGAUCAAAUAGUUUUACUAAAAUACUCGGCCCUCGAGAUCGCAGUCUUACGUGAGGUCUCGUGUUUUAAUUUUGAGCACAACUCUUGGUCUAUAAUUAUGAAUAAUCAAUUACACACAAUACCAUUGGAUUUAUUAAGAGAUGUGCCAUUUAUUAGUCGUAAGGAUUCAAUUGAUUUAUUUCAAUGUCAACAAACCUUUUUGCAAAAGUUGGGUCUCGACUGGGAAUCAGAUGCACUAAUCAUUGAUUUGCUGACAGCGAUUAUCCUCUAUAACCCGAAUCGUCCGAAACUAAUUAAUAAACCAUUUGUUGAAUUUAAUCGCAAAGUUUAUAUACAUUUACUAAAACGUUAUCUAAAAAUGAGAUAUCGAUCGGAAUUAUUGGCAAAAGAGAAAUACACGAGACUUUUGGUUGAUUUAAAACAUUUGACACUUUUAUGCGAC